AUGAAUGGCCCGCUCAUGUUGCUGCUUCUUCAUAUCGCCCGCCAAACUCAAGCGAAGGACUGCCGAAUAAAACCACCUGCGUCCUUCCAACACGUUCCAGUCUGUGAUGACGCCACCUACGAGAUCUUCGGCUGGUCAGCAGACUUUAACGACAUUUGCGGCGGAGUCGGAUGCGCUUCGCGAGGAUUCAGAUGCCCUCGCCAAGGUGACGUUGCCAUCGACGGCUGUCACUCCAAUCUCAACUCGUGGAGCGAACAAAACAGAACGUGCAUUGCCCCAGAAGACGCCGUGUGCUCAUUG